AGAGGAAGAAGCAUUCGACCCGCGAGAGAGAAAGAGAGCGAGAGGGGAAGAGAGAAAAACGCGUGCUCCUCCGUGAAGGGAAAUCAAUUUUGGGCGCGUUGAACCCCCCUCGGGAGUCGGCCCCCAAACCGGAGCGGACGGCUAACUCGCGAUGACGAAGCUCGAGUUCGUUCGGGUCCCUUGCCUCCUCGGGACUACCCGGCGGCGGCGGACCGUCCCGCGGCCCGCACGUCGCCUCUCGCAUGUUUCUCCGCGGGCCACGCAACGCGACGCCGUUUAAAAAUAAUACGACGCGACUGGAUAUCCGUUCGGAGCAGCUCGACGGGACACUUGUCCGGCGACGAGCAAAGACGCGCGAUGUUUAUGUUGCUGCCCGUGGGAGGGGUGACUGCUCGACAGGGCGAGGAACCGGAAAAAUCGUCGGUUUCGCGUCGACCGUGACUCUUUGUCGAGCCACCCCGUCGAGAGCGUGGCCGGAGAAAGAGAGAGAAAGACGACCGGUUCCCGGGAAAGCGUGAUUGAUUUCACCGAGCAUCGUUUAGUCAUGUCGUCGGGAGCGGGCUCCAGUGGAACUGGACGAGGACGCGGGUCCUCCUUGGCAGACAAUAAACCAGAUAGUAAAGAAGCUAAGCCAAAUCCAAAGAUGUCGAAAGCUUUAGGCACGUCCGCCAAAAGGAUACAAAAGGAAUUGGCAGAAAUCACGCUAGAUCCACCCCCCAAUUGCAGUGCAGGACCGAAAGGUGAUAACUUAUACGAGUGGGUUUCUACUAUAUUGGGUCCUCCAGGUUCGGUUUACGAGGGCGGGGUAUUCUUUCUUGAUAUACAUUUCUCGCCAGAAUAUCCCUUUAAACCUCCUAAGGUUACAUUCCGAACGCGCAUCUAUCAUUGCAAUAUAAAUAGUCAAGGAGUUAUCUGCUUGGACAUAUUAAAGGACAAUUGGUCCCCUGCAUUGACAAUUUCAAAGGUCUUACUGUCAAUAUGUUCCCUCUUAACAGACUGCAAUCCAGCUGAUCCACUGGUAGGUAGUAUAGCGACGCAAUACCUACAAAAUAGAGAAGAACACGAUCGCAUAGCGCGGCUUUGGACUAAGCGCUAUGCCACAUGAGCAUAUUUUUAAUUCGUAUUAAACUCCUAUUAGUCUCAUGCCAACUUAUGAUCAUUGCUGCUCUCAUACAACUUGUCUCAUAUUGUAGCCUGUGUACACAUUUGUAUCUAUGAUCAUGUUGGUCAGCAAAAUACAAGUGAGCGAAGACCGUUUGAGAUCAGCUCAAACACAUGAUUGUGAUGUGCUUUUAUGUAGCGUAUGUAAUGUGCCUAAGUCGGAUGAAUGUGCGUGCAAGUGUUUAAACAGUGUGCUAGGGCAUAACGAGACAGGAGUUUUUCACUUAAAAAAAGGUUACAAUGAGAUAGUAUUUAAAUGGAUCGUAUUGUUUGCAAACAAUACUACCCACGAUGCUGCUAAUAUUUCUAGAAUAGGAGAUAACAUGAACAAUAUUGAUAAUGUGUAAGUAAUUAAUAGAUAUAUAGGCGAUAAGUCGUAAGUGUAGAGGCCCAUUUUUCCAUAAUUGAACUCCCAUAUUUUUAUAUUGAAUUCUCUUAAAUUUAAAUUAUUACGUUCAUAGAUAUGACGCCUGGCUCGAGAUGUACAGGCUGAUUGCAUAUAACUAUAAUUUAGCCGUUGAAAAACUACCUAUACAAUUUUGUGUUCAUAAUACAGUAAUUGUAACGCUCUGCAUGAAGCAGACAUCAAUCACGUUCACGCCAUCAGACAAAAUUCAACUUGUCUGGGCCCAUCCGCAAAAAAAUAUAUUGUAACUGUAAAUAAAUAUUAUUUACCGUAUACUUAUACGCUAGUACAUUCAAAAAACUUUGUAAUUUUGACCUGGAAUCAUAUUCUGUCUAUUAUAUGUAAUGUGAAAAUUGAUAUUUGACUGAUUGAUUGCACCAAUGAUCCCGAUUCUCUAAUUCUGGUUAGCGAUUUCUUAUCCUUUUCUAUAAAUCAUAGUUUCAGUUUUUAACGUAAAAAUGGAGAGAGAAAAUUUAACGAUUGAUGCUAACCAAUGUUGGUGCAAUCCAUCGCGUGUUUUUUACCUGUUAUUUUAUUGUAUCUAAGGAGAUACUUACAUAUCACUUGUGUUGCAUACUCAAGGUCUAAAGUCCGAGCAUGCUAAAGAUACUUUCAUUGUCUUCAAUGUAUCAGGUAUAUAUGUAUUGAGCGUCUCCCGAAUAAUUUCUCGUAGCUUUUUUUUUACAUCGUAUAACAAUUAGAUAAACAAGGUGAUUAAAAUCACUUUGUACAUAUCUGUUCUAAAAUAUGGAUAGUUGCUUAAAAAUAUCGGGUAGUGUGAAUGUAACUAUAGUUUAUUAAAAAAAAAAAAAAAUGACGAAGGAGAGAGAAGCUUACUCGACGAAUACUGAUAUUGUACAGUUUAUCGUGUAAAAUGAACACUUUACAUCCCUUUCGUCACGAAAUUCGAGGAAUGUAAAUAUUGCGUGAAAUGCAUGUGCAGAAUAUGCGAAUCGCGUAAGUUCCUACUACGACAAAAAAAUCGAAAUAUUCUUGGAUUUUAAUUUAGUCGGCGGACUUUGGCUUCUUAUAUUUUGUAAGCGCCAGUAUGCAGUUUCAACUUUAUGAAUUAAAGUGUGGGAGAUACAAGUCUCAAUCAGGAUUGUAAAUAGAAAUAAUUAUACAUAAUAGUACGUGUACAUGCUCCACGUACAUUUGAAGAUUACCAGAAUAUUAACAGUACAUAAUGGAUCUCCGUUAUUUCUAAAAACGUGUGUAUACGCUAAAUAAAUAUAACUGGAAAAACGAAAACACGUUCCUUUUUAGUACCGAUCUGAGAAUUGAGACGCAUUAGUCUCUUGUAAAAAAAAAAAAAAAAA